AUGUCCGUCAACGUUUAAAAACAAUCUCUUUUUAAAAGAGCUUUCUUAUAAACUGAAUUUAAAGUGGCAUGUUAUCCAAAGAUUGAAUUAAAUACAUCUAAAGGUAUGCUUAUUAUACUAUGAUUUAGAAGAAGCAUGGUAAAUAUUAAAAUAACCAUAAAAUGGAUUUGAGAGAUUUGCACUUAGAUUUAUAUCAAAAUAAUAUAUAGUUCCAAGAAAACCAUUUGUUUUGUCUGAAGUUAUGAAAUAAAUUUGCAAUGAAUGGAACAGCUUCGAUUAAGAUACUAAGUACUAUUAUUGCAAUUAAUGA